UCCGGUCAAAGCACAACAUCCAAGAUGUCCUCCGCCGUAGCUUCCCUCGUUUCAUACGCCAGUGAUUCCGAUUCGGAAAAUGAACCAGAGUCUAGUUCAAGUCCCGACAAAGCCGAGUCUACGGAUCCGGAUGCGACGGCACACCUUAAACCUUUACAGUCAAAUCCCACGAUGACGUUGGCUGUCCUUAAUUCGGCCCCGGAAGUUGCGGUAAAGGAGUCUGUUGAGACUGGCGUACAUCUUGAUCCUGCCCUGAAAGAAGUCAAUUAUAACCCAACAUAUGAAACCAUGUUUGCCCCGCAGUUUGGACCAGAAAACCCCUUUAAAACCCAACAGAUGGCUGCAUCAAGGAAUAUGCUAUCUGGCUAUGCAGAACCUGCUCACGUCAACGAUUUUAUGUUCGAGCAGCAGAGAAGGACCUUUUCAGUCUUUGGUUACGCUUUAGAUCCAUCUGUCGACUCAAACCAAGUAACUUGCACUUCUUACAUUGGAGCAGUGGAUGAGGCUGAGAAAAAACAGGGCUUGACAGUGUUUGAGAGUAGCUACAAGAAGACAGAGAAAAGGAAAAAGGUCAAAGGUGGUGACCCAGGAGAGAUCGACAACUUCCUCGGACCGUGGGCCAAAUAUGUUGAUGAGAAAUUGGUGGCCAAACCCACAGAGGAGGAGAAGAAGGAGCUGGAUGAGAUAACGGCUAAAAGGCAAAAGAGGGGAAGGAAUGAAGAUGAAGCUCCAGCCGAGGAGAAGACUAUUCUUCAUGUUAAGGAGAUGUACGACUACCAGGGCAGGUCCUACCUGCAUGUCCCUCAGGAUGUGGGAAUCAAUUUGCGGUCUUCAGAAGCACCAGACAAGUGUUAUCUUCCCAAGAAGCAAAUCCAUGUUUGGUCAGGACACACCAAGGGUGUCAGUGCCAUCCGACUGUUUCCCAAGUCUGGUCAUCUACUGCUCUCCUCCUCCAUGGACUGUAAAAUUAAGCUGUGGGAAGUGUACAAUGAGCGGAGGUGUAUACGGACCUUUAUUGGGCACAGCAAAGCGGUGCGAGACAUUUGCUUUAACAACAAAGGGACGCAGUUCCUCAGCGCUGCCUACGACCGCUACCUCAAACUCUGGGACUCUGAGACAGGCAAGUGCAUCUCUCGCUUCACCAACAGAAAGGUGCCCUAUUGUGUCAAAUUCAACCCAGAUGAGGAGAAACAGAAUCUUUUUGUGGCCGGCAUGUCUGAUAAGAAGAUUGUCCAGUGGGACAUCAGGACCAGUGAGGUGGUUCAGGAGUACGACCGCCACUUGGGCGCCGUCAACACCAUCACAUUCGUGGAUGAGAAUCGUCGCUUUGUCAGCACGUCAGACGACAAGAGUCUUCGGGUUUGGGAGUGGGACAUCCCCGUGGACUUCAAGUACAUCGCGGAGCCCAGCAUGCACUCCAUGCCAGCUGUGACACUUUCUCCCAAUGGUAAGUGGCUUGCGUGCCAGUCUAUGGACAAUCAGAUUCUGAUUUUUGGAGCCCAAAACCGCUUCAGACUGAACAAGAAGAAAAUAUUCAAGGGCCACAUGGUUGCUGGAUACGCUUGCCAAGUGGACUUCUCCCCUGACAUGAGCUAUGUGGUGUCAGGGGACGCUGACGGAAAACUGAACAUUUGGGACUGGAAGACAACCAAACUGUACCACAGGAUCAAGGCUCACGACAGGGUGUGUAUUAGCGCCCUGUGGCAUCCUCACGAAACCUCCAAGGUCAUCACCUGCGGAUGGGACGGACAGAUCAAACUCUGGGAUUAGAAUGUCCUUGAGAGUGGGUGUCAAUCUGGGAGCAUUGUUAGGUAUUGCAAAUGAAAGCCACAAGACUGGCAUCCAGUCGUAUUGCAGCAGUGUAUUUUUUUAACCACACAUGAAAAUUCUUGCUAUUCCUGUACAUAGAUGUGAGAACAUUCGUUAUUUGUACUUCUGCUAAUGCAUAUAAGCGGUAUGUUACACAGAUGGGUUUUGAUGUUUUAAUUUGCAUUUUCUUGUGUAUUUUAUAAUUAGAAAUCAAGUUUAUUUUCAAUUACAUGUCUCCGACUGGAAAUAAUAAACCUUUCAUCAGUUUUA